UGACAGAGCUCAUUUCCCAGCCCCCGCACCUCCACCCCCCAUCACCUCCCUCUAUAUGUUCUCCACUCUGACACAACAACAAAACCUCCUCUGGCUGCUCUGAGCUUCAGCCGUGAGCCGGCAGACCGUCUAUGGAGGAUGAUGGGGCUGUGCACGCUGCUUCUCCUGCAUCUUCACCUGGCAGUUUGCAUUUCCCUCCCGGAACCAUCCAACGUUUCCAUCUCCUCCUUCAACAUGGAGCACAUCCUCAGCUUCUCUCCGGGCCCUCGGACCCCGACGGAUGCCCACUUCCAGGUUCAGUUCUACAGCUUCAGCAGGACGCGGCGGUGGAAAGCUGUGGUCGGGUGCGAGCAGCUGAUGGCCGGGCAGACGUGCAAUUUAACCGACGGGUUGAUGGACGUGUUUGACCAGUACAUGGCCCGAGUCCGGGCCGUCAGAACCAACCAGACCUCCAAUUGGACCAGAAGCAGGGAGUUCCAGCCUCUGGCAGACACUGUUUUGGGACCUCCUGAAUUUUCGGUGUCAGGCUGCGGGAAUUGUUUGAUCCUGCAGAUCCGAGACGCCACCAGGAUUCUGUUUAAUCACAACCCGCAGCUGAAGGACUUGGACUGGAAGCUGGAAAUAAAUGUGAAAAGAAACAGAGACGGAGCUGAGUUCAAAAUGGAGGUUCCCUACAAACAGAAAACCGUGAUCUCGUAUCUGCAGCCGGGCGUGGAAUACUGCGUCUUCGCCUCCUUCAGGUCCUUCAUCAACCGCAGCAGCAUCUCCAGUGAGCUCCACUGCGCCUUCACCAGUCCUCCUCCACCCAAACAUAUGUUGUCGCUGGUCCUCGGCCUGUUUGGGGGUUUUACUCUUGUGGCGAUCCUCGUCGUGGCUCGGGUAUUCUUCAGGAGCAAGGUGAGCUUGGAAUUACUGAGGCGACACCUAAGCAGGUUGAAAAGCCUUAUUUGCCCUGCAUGAGGUCGACAUCGCAGCCGUACAUCUGCCUGAUGAGCUCUCUGACUGAGGAGGACUGAGAUACGACCUGAGGAAAACCAGA